UGUUCAGACAAAGUUAAAACGUGUGCAUAAUGAGCCAAUAUCCGCCACCGCCGCCCGGGCCGCAUCCACCCCCGUACUACCCUCCGCCGCAUUACCCGCCGCCGCCGCAUCCCCCACAUUUCCCGCACCCCCCGCCACCUGGCUACCAACCGCCGCAAAUCAACAUCAACUACCCUUACUACGUGCCUGGUACCGUGAUGAUGCCAGUCCAAACCCAACCACCAAAUCCACCGGAACCCAACCAGUCUACCUACAUAACCAACUAUAUCUACCAAGGAGAGGGAUCCAACCUGCCAGCGUUACCAGAACCCGUACAAGUUGUUGAAACUUCUGGAGAUUUCGACUGGAUACCGUCAACUGCGACGACUGCGAACAUGCUCACAGGAAGGGCUGUGGUAGGCGGUCACGAAGGUUGGGAUGGGAGCCCUCUAUGGGUGAUCAGAGCUUGGCACAGCGGAGAUCUAAUUCCUGGGAAGUUCUCCGUGCGUCACAACACAGCAUCGAUCAUGUACGACAGCAAAGAGAUACCAGUUCAAAAUAUAGAAGUUCUAUGCGCGAAGCCGCAUAAUUUAAGAUGGGUUCCUGCAUCCCAAGGUUCGAUACCUCCUGGUGCUAUCAGCGGCGGCAGAACAGCAACUGGGGAGACCCUGUACGUCGGCAGAGCGAGGUACCAGCUCUCUGUAACUCCAGGGAAGGUGCAUCCUAGCCACGGUUCGUGUUACAUCGGAUUUGCUGGCGCCGAAGUUGCAGUUAAGAUGUAUGAUGUAUUAUGCCGAAUUAGUUAGUGAUUUUGUUAUCUAAUAAGGGACAAAUGUGUGAUCAUUCUCCUAGAAAAUCAAAGAAGAAAUGUGAUUUUGAUAUGUGUGAGUGUUUAUAUAAGCCAAUCACAAAAUAGUGAGACCAUUUGAAUAUACGUGUAUGUAAUAUUGUAAAUGUAUAUGAAAUUGUGACAAUUUGUUAAUAAAAUUAUUAUUGAAAUAGAA